AUGGGAGCUGCGAUUCUGGAAAAUGGUGACCUUGUGCAAUGGGGGAAGGGCUAUUCGGAAACGGAGUUCAAGCCCGCCAAGACUCUGACUGGCAAGAACCUGAUAUCCGUGUGCAUGUCCAACGACCGAAUCCUGACGCUGUCGUCUGACGGGAACGUAUACUCCCUGCCGAUGGCGAAGGAAGAUCAGUUGGGCGGGAGGAAAUUGAAAGAAGGCUCCUGGGUGCCUUACUGGUCUGGCACCGCAGAGGUUAGCUAUCGUCUGCUGAAGCCAAGCCUGGGGCUGGGCGAAAAGGUCACCGCCAUCAGUGGCGGACUGGAACAUGCCCUUCUAAUGACCAGCUCUGGCCGAGUCUUCUCUGUUGCUUCUUCUACAGAACACUACCCGUCUUUCGGACAAUUGGGGGUUCCUGGGCUGGCAUGGGCGACGCGGCCCAAGGGUCCCGUGGAUUCCUGUCAUGAGGUCAAGGGCUUUGCCGGGUCCAAGAUUGUCCAAAUCGCAACUGGAGACUACCACUCCCUGGCCUUGAGCAAGGAUGGCAGUGUUUACUCUUUCGGCGAUAACUCAUUUGGGCAGCUAGGGUUCGCAUUUGACGCUGCCCUCCCGUUCCACGACACCCCGACCGCAAUUCCCGUCAAGAAACUUUAUCGUGGCAACACUUGGUUCCCCAAAGUGACCAGCAUUGCGGCUGGGGGAGCUAACAGCUUCUUCACGGUGGAUGCCAAACGUAUCGUCGGCCCGGGUGAAAACCCAUCCGCAAUCCGCGACUUGGACCGCAUCACCGCUGAUACCUGGACUUGUGGGAGGGGGAUUUGGGGUGCUCUCGGGACUGGAAAGUGGACGCAUAUUCAGGACGUGCCUGCCAAGAUCCAAGCGUUGAGCGGGUUGUUCGAGUACGACGAGCGUGCUAAAAAACUGACCCCAAUCCGGUUGCGUGAAAUAUCCGUUGGCACAACGCACGUGUCUGCCAUCAUGGACAACAGUGCCCAUUUGGAAAGAUCGUCCACCGCCUCUUUGGAAAGUUCCAAGGACUGGGGCUUUGAUGUCCUCUGGUGGGGAGGGAACGAACACUUCCAGCUCGGAACCGGCAAGAGGACCAACAUGUCCAAGCCGACGUAUAUCAACGCCCCGCUGGAGACAGGAGGGGAACACCCCAAGCAGGAGGCGCGACUUCAGAUCAUGCCCCGUCACAAGGGCAAAGUUGGCAAGCGGACAGUGAGCAUGGAGCAGCGGGUUGAGUGUGGCAGACACAAAAGAGGUCGGCGUGCGGCCGAGAAAGCCAACAAAGACACCUUGAAGCGCAAGCACGACGACGCGCCCGAGCACUCCCCAAAGCGACAGAAGCCCGAAUCAACGGACGAUGAGAUCACCGGCGGCGCGGACUACAUACCACUGGGAGAGGAGAUGCAAGUCGAUGGAGAUGGAGAAGGACACGAUCAGAUGCAGGGCGGCGACAUGCCGUUCUACGGCCUUCUGGACACCGAGGAGCAGGAGUACUUUUCGCGCGCGAACGAGAUGCUCGAGCUGGACCAGUUCGGUGACACCGAGGAACGGCGGUUAUUUAUCGACAGCGUCUACAGGGAGGCUAAUGGCAAGGAGCUGAAGAUUGCGUGCAGUCAGUCGUGCUCGAGACUGAUGGAGAAGUUGAUCGCUGCGUCGGACAUGCGCCAGAUCCGGAGGCUGUUCAAUAAGUUCAUCGGCCACUUCUUGCACCUGGUGCAGCAUCGAUUCGCCAGCCACUGCUGCGAAGCGCUCUUUGUGAGCGCGGCGCCGGGGGUAAUGGAUAAGCCUUCGAAGGCGAAGGCUCGUCGCGAUGAGGAGGAGGAUGAGGAAGACCCGGAGCCGGAGCUAUCGCUCGCAGAGAUGUUCAUGAAGGUCGUGGAGGAAUUGGAGGGGAACUGGGGCUAUCUCUUGACCGAACGAUUCGCGUCCCACACGAUCCGGGUUCUCCUUCUCGUUCUCGGGGGCGAACCGGUUGAUGUAACGAGCAACGACUCGGUCGUCGCCAGUCGCAAGAAAGAGCGGGUGGGCGCCAAGAUGGAAUCCCGGGAAGAAAACGUCGUGGCAGAGAAGAGAAGCGUGCCGGAUACCUUCGUGAAGACCUUGAAGAAGAUCAUCAAGGAUAUUAUAACUGUGCUGGACGAUACAUAUCUGAGAGCGCUGGCGACCCAUCCGGUUGGAAACCCGGUUUUGCAGGUGCUGGUGUCUCUGGAGAUUUUACACUUUGGCAAGUCUGCCACCAAGGAUCCGAAUUCGAUCAUCCGGAAGUUGAUCCCCGAUGAGGAGUUCAGUGAGGGCAGUGAAGGCACGAGCUUCAUUCGCGGCCUGCUCUACGAUCCGGUCGGGUCUCGCCUCGUGGAAACCAUUGUGCGAUGCGUACACGGGAAGCUCUUCAAAAGCUUUUAUAGAAACUUCUUCCACGAUCAGAUCGCCUCACUCGCGCGCAACAUUACAGCUGGAUAUGUUGUCCUCCGGGUCCUGGAACGACUUGGUAAAGAUGAUCUCAAGGAAGCGGUGGAACGACUGUCCCCUCAAAUCCCGAGUCUGAUUGAACGGGGCCGGCUAGUUGUGCCCAAGGUAUUGAUUGAACGGUGUCUGGUUCGUGGAAUCGAUACAAACACCCUCGCUCGGGCUUUUGAAACGGCCUACGACAAGGACCCGGCCCGCCGACUGAACCAAAUCCUUCGACGGGAGAACACUUCCAGCGAUGCCGCAAAUCAGCCAAACGCAGAGUUCAAGGAGUCGGGGGCUGAUCAAGGCCAAGCACCUACUGCCGCCGAGAGGCUCCACGGCUCGCUUCUUGCACAGACAAUGUUGACCGCUCGCGGCCCUCUCAGCGGGCUGAUCCACUCGAGUCUGCUCGCGCAAUCAUCCGAGUCGCUCCUCGAGCUAGCCAAGGAUCCUACGGCGUCUCGCGUCCUCCAACAAGCAAUGACCCUACCCACCUCCACGCCGCAGUUCCGUCGCCAAUUUACAACCCGCUUCCAAGGCCAUCUCGUGGACCUGGCACUCGACAGCAGCGGCUCACACGUGGUCGAUGCGCUGUGGCCGGCCACGAAUGACAUCUACUUUGUCAAGGAGCGCAUGGCGCAAGAACUCUCUCAGCAGGAGAUGACGCUCCGGGACUCGUUCGUGGGUCGCGCUGUAUGGAAGAACUGGUCGAUGGAUCUCUACAAGCGGCGACGCAGUGAAUGGGGCGCGAAGGCGAAAGGUAUCGACCGUGGCGACGGCACUGGAGAACGGCCCAAGCAUCUUCUCAAUGCAGUCGAGGACCUCCUGAUCCCUUUCAUCCGCGCCGCAGAUGAAGAGCCCCUCAGUCAAAAACACCUUCAAAAUGGUACCAAUGGCACCAAUGGCACAAAUGGCACCAACGGCACCCAUUCCGAACCAACCACUUCACUCGUCGAUUAUCGCAAACCAGAAGAACUGCAGAAACUACUCCAACUAGAGUUUCCGGAAGAGGGAACAGGCCAGGACGGACUGAUCGGAGCCCUCCAGAAAGUCCUCCGCUACUCCGUCAACACCUGGCACCAGGGCUUCCUCGACAAGCUGUAUGCGUCGACGAACGCCCCCGGUGUCGCCUCGGAGCUGAUCCUCGCGGCCCUCAACACCAAUGUGCACGUCUAUCAAGUGUCGCCGGCGUUGUCGAUCAUCGAGAAAUACACUGGGAAGCAGUUAGCAGCGCUGUUCGGGCUUCAAGGCCCUCGCGCAGGCGGAAUCUCGGUCCAGGGCGGCUCCGCAUCCAACACGACGUCGAUUGUCAUCGCGCGCAACAACCUCUUCCCGGACACCAAGAAGGACGGAAAUGGCGGAUACCGCUUUGUGCUCUUCACAAGCGCUCACGGCCACUACAGCAUUGAGAAGGCGGCGCAAAUGCUCGGGCUCGGAAGCAGUGCCGUCUGGGCGGUUCCCGUCGACAGACAAGGCCGGAUGAUCGCUUCGGAACUAGAGUCGCUCGUCCAGAAGGCGCUGAGCGAAAAUCGCACGCCUUUCUACGUCAACGCCACCGCCGGAACGACCGUCAUGGGGUCCUUCGAUCCCUUCGACGACAUCGCCGCCAUCUGCAAGAAAUAUAACCUCUGGCUCCACGUCGACGGCUCCUGGGGCGGCUCCUUCGCCUUCUCGGAGCGCCAGCGCGGCAAGCUCGCCGGCACGGAAAAGGCAGACAGUAUCGCUAUCAACCCGCACAAGAUGAUCGGUGUCCCGGUGACAUGUUCGUUCCUCCUAGCCGCCGACCUCCGUCGGUUCCACCAGGCGAACACCCUCCCCGCCGGGUACCUCUUCCACAACGACGACGAUGACGAAGGCACCAACGCACCAGAGUCCGAAAUCGCCGUCGACUCCCCCGAAGUGUGGGACCUGGCGGACCUCACUCUCCAAUGCGGCCGACGCGCCGACUCCCUCAAACUUUUCCUCGGCUGGACCUACUACGGCACGGCCGGCUACGCCCAGCAAAUCGACACAGCCUGCGCAGUCGCGGCCCACCUCGCGACGCUCGUCGAACAAAACCCGAACUUCAUCCUCGUCAGCGAGAACCCGCCGCCGUGCCUGCAAGUGUGCUUCUACUACGCGCCAGGCCGGCAAAUGGUCCAUCCGCGCGGGGUAGUCUCCAACGAGACGGCGCGCGGCAAGGCGAACAGCAAGGUGACGGAGCGGAUCACGCACGCUAUCGUGAGUAGGGGCUUCAUGGUGGAUUUUGCGCCCCCGUCGGGCGGCGAGGAUCCCGAUGCUGCUGGGAAUGGGAAGUUUUUCCGGUGUGUGGCUAAUGUGCAGACGAAGAUGGAGACUGUUGAGGCGCUUGUUAGGGCUAUUGAGGAGGUUGGGCCUGGGGUUGUGCAGGAUUUGAAUCAGGCGCAGGGGAGUGGCCUGAACGGUUGGAAGAGGCCUGGGGAAAGGGGCCACGGACCUGUUGUUCAUCAUCGGGUCUGA